AGGAGCCCUAUAUUAAGAGUGGCCGAGGCAGCCGAGUGAACAUCUUUUGUUGGUUAAUCGUUAGGAGUUUGCGGCGUCUGAUCCUCUAGCUUAGCAGCACGAACAUAUAGAGAGAGAGAGAGAGAGAGAGAGAAAGAGAGGCAUAAGGAAGAGUGCGGCUGAGAAUAGUCUGUACGUAGAGAGUUUGUGAAUGUGCAAAGGCAGGAAAGCAGAAUAAUCAAUAUUAUUCUCUUUCUUUGCCCAGAGAUCAGUGAGAAAGCAGAGGAGGAGAGAAAGUGCAUUUGUUGCAAAAGAGUUGGACGGGGCGAUGGCCGAGCGUAUGAUGAGCCACGGACGUUUCCCGGAGGGGCAUAGCGGGCUCCACGUCCGCCGGAUGAGCCUGAACCCUUACCCCCAGCACCAGCACGCCUACAGCGGCUUGAUGAGUGAGCACCCUGCCGCUACCUCCUUGCUGCAUUACCCCGGACCCAGCAACGUGAACUCCUCCAGCGGCGGCUUGAGGCAUGCAUUAGUCCCUGGCGGCAGGCAAGGGGGUCCAGUUGGUCAUCUGAAUAACGUGCCCCCCAACAUCAGGUACACAUCUAGGCAGCAACAACAACAACAACAUCACUCCCAUCCUCCCCAUCCCCAGUAUAUGGGACAAGGGGUGGCUGGGGGCAGCCCUGCAGCGCAGCUUGCAGCCAGCAUGCAUUUACAAAAGCUGACCAACCAGUACUACGGCCACCAGCAACAACACUACAGCAUGACGGACCUGCAUCCUGCUAGCGCCUUGGGUCACCAGCAGCAACAACAACAACAAUACAGGGAAGUAAAACAUCAUAGCUCUUCAAUGCCACCAAGUCACCACAUGUCUGCAGCAAUGCUGCCCCCCAAUGCCAUAGACACGGACUUCAUCGACGAAGAGGUCCUCAUGUCCUUGGUGAUUGAACUGGGUUUGGAUCGCAUCAAAGAACUGCCUGAGCUGUGGCUGGGACAGAAUGAGUUUGAUUUCAUGACUGACUUUAUUUGUAAACAGCAAACCAGUCGGGUGAGCUGCUGAGAGAGUGUGUACUGAAAAGGAUUCUUGAAAGGAAAAAAAAACGCAAAAAAGACUUCCAUCUACUGAACUCAAAAGAUUUAUUCUUUGCAACGCGAGAGAGAGUGCGAGAAAUAAUCUGUUGUUUUAGACUUUAAAUAUCCAUUCAUCAGCCGAGUGACUUUUUUUGUUUAAAUCAUGUUGUUUGAUAACUCAUUCGCUGCACCAUGUAACCACUCUGUACAUGUAACUUUCAAUGUCUUUAGUGGCCUGUUAAAUGUUCAUUUUUAAUUUUAAAAAAAAACAAAAGAAAACCGAAAUCAACCGUUCAGAAAACAGUGGAGCACCCGCAACCAGAUAAUUUGAUCACACGAUCUGGGUUUUUUUUUUGAAUGAAGCAGAUUUUAUUUUGAAAGAAAUGUAUGGGUUAACUUUUUUGAAGCAAAAUUGUUCUGAGGAGAGAGAGGGAGUGAGAAAAAUCUGUAUGUUUCCUCAAAAGCUUUGUGAAGACAGUUAAAGGAAUUAUAUAAUCACCAUUCUUUUUGUUCUAACCUACCAACACUUGCACAAAAACAGUCAUUUUAAUUUGCGUGAUGUGUGGUAUGAUGAUGUAUGUAUCAGUUUGAUUCAUUCAGUUUUCAAACAGUGAUUGAAAGUGAUUUACCAC